AUGGACCACCGGCGGCAUCACAGUGUUGACAGUCCGACCUCGCCGCUCUCGCGCGCCGGCAGCGGCCACGUCCGCAGUCCGCUGUCGCAGCUGCGCGCCCAGGCGACGCAGGAAGCCAUCCUCAAUGCGCUCGACGGGCCCAGUGAGAAGCCCCUCCCCUUUCCCCCCUUUGAGCCGCUGCUCUUCAAGACCCCCUUCCGCAACCGCAGUACACGCGCCACAGUCCCCGUCCACGUUACGCCGGGCAGCCUCAAGUCGCACGCGGCGAGCUUCGAAAACGAGAGCGAGGGGAGCAGCGACGAGACGGUAUGCGAAAGCUAUGCCACUGCGCGCGGCAGUGCUGCGCCACUCAGCCGUACUUGGUCCUCACCAGACAUCGAAUGGCCGGCCGUCAAAGAAAGCACUAGCGAGGCGCGCACACCGCCAUCGCAAACCACUGCGCCGUCUCCAGCACCCAGCGAUGCGGGACCAUCGCGCGCAAUCCGCCCUCCCCGGCGCCCCACCAUUGCCACCCCACCAGUUGCCAAUGUCGUCGCACCAACGCCCGUUAGCCUGAGUCCACUCACGCCCACCAGCCGUCCUGCUCCUCUGUCAAUCAUCGGCUUGCCACUCACCGAGGAGGCGCCAGUCCUCCCCCGCAGCGAACCCUCGCCACUGAGACGACAGCACGCGAUCUCGCGCCGCCCCUCGCCGACCCAAAUGGGACAUACAAACAGCCAGGCGCACUCCGUCGCUCACUCGGCGCCUUGCCACACUCACUCCGUCUCCCUCUCCUCCAUCCCCACGCUCUCCUCCCUUCUCCGGAACGCGGGCCUCCACGUCGAGGCCAUGUCCAGGCCAACAGUAAGCAACUCGCCCCACUCGGGCUCACAUCAAAGUCUGCCGCCGCCACCCCCGCGGCUACCCUCUACCCGCCGGCACUCCGACACGACAUUGGGGCGUAGAUCGCAGGCACCAAGUGCAUCUGCGGCGUCGCCCGCGCGCCUAGACUCUUUCCCGCCAUUACUCACCCCCGUAGCGAACACUACGAGAGUGGCAGCGACGUACACUCACGUUCUCCUCCGCGCCAGCGCGUUCGCCCAGCAUCUCACAGACCGCAGCGUCAAGAGCGCCACGGUACGCGCGAUGCUCGCCUUUCUCCACGGGCAGCCGGACGACCCGGCCCAGCUCGCCUCCCUCCUCGAUCGACUGGGGGACGCUCUGGUCGAGGACCGCAUCGCGGGCGACGACACCGGCCUGCUGGAACGCCUGCUCUCCCACCUCUCAACGUACCGCGGCUUCGACGCGCUCCUCACCACGACCUUUACGAACCGGUACACGUGCACGUCGUGUGGCGGGGACAGACACUCGGUGUCGACGAGCUGGGCGGCGCCGCACAUAGGCGCCUCUGUCGCAGGCCGCUGGGCGCCGGGCGUGCAUGCGCCCCUCCUCCUCAUCCAUCCGGACGGAUAUGUGCCGGAGAUCAUGUUCGAUCGCAUGGCGCGCGUGCAAUGGGCGUUGGUUGGGGCGACGGUCCCUGUCGAGGCGGGAUUGGGGGUCAUUGCGAUGCAGGAUGGGUGGACACUGUUCCGGGGACGGGAGCAGGUGCCGGUGGACCUUGCCCAGCCCGUCCGGGCCUCCUUUGCGUUGUACGAGAGGGUUUAA